CGGUAUAAGUGAAUAUCUGCUUUUUCUACUGUUUAUAGGGAAGUGAUAACAUUAAUCUAACUUGAGCUUAGAGUGCUCUUUAUAUAUAAAGAGAUUUGUGACUAUGUAAUCAAUUGGACAAAAACAACUCAUUUUAUUUCUUAAAAUUCAAUAUUAUUUAUGAAUUGACGUAAUGCAACGGGAUUAAAAUGAAACUCUAAUCACCGCUGUCACAGUGUAUAAAAUGUACACUUACCACAUAACAUUGUGAAAUGAAUCGUAAACAAUACCAUACAUGAUAGGUGUAUUACAAAAUGCAUGAACACUCGUGACGUGAAACAUACUCUUUAUAUAUUUUGUAGCAAUGCAUCCGCACUUCAAAUUGAUUAUCAGCGAGUGAAAUCCGGGGCAAGUGGACUUAUGUAAUAAAUAAUAUUUUAAAAUUGAAAACGGAGGAACAGUAAACGAAAGCCAUCCAGACGAAAUGUUAAUUUCGUUUUAGGAAUUAAUGAUAUAACAAGAUAGAUCCAGUCCAGAACACUCAAAAAUGAAUGUGUUUGACAUUUCUAGAGUAUUCAUGUAAAACGUGGACAUGGAUUUUAACCCAACUUUUGUAGCUGUUCAAAGUACGGAAGCACGGACAGAGCCACCUAUCCACGACGAGGCAGAAUCACCAACGCCUAUCCGGACGCCGACGGAACCGACGUUCACCGACCUGGAUGACCUUACGGAGCUCCAGAAUCCGACGGACUGGGUAGUACCGGCAGCCAUCACUGCGCUUUUUUGCUUCCCGCCGACAGGGGUUGCCGCCUUCGUGUACGCCAGAAAAGCAAACAAGGCGUAUGCAGAUGGCGAUCUGAGAACGUGGAAACACAGCUACGGUCGCGCGCGGUUCCUCGUGCUGCUCACGUGCAUGUGUGGGAUUCUGUUCUACGCUGUGAUAGUCGGCGUUGUCCAUGGAAUAAAGCACUACACAUCUUGAUACUGGAUAAGCCAGCAGAUAUAUUUAAUAUUUUAACAGUGAUGUUGUUCCACGGCAGUACGCCAAUGAGACUUUCGGCUAACGGGGCGUACAUUUCAUUACAUAGCAUACAUAUAUUUAUUACAUAGUAGUGUAUUUUCAUUCCUAACUCACACUCAUGACCUGAUUAACAGACAUGCCUUGAAUUCUUGUGUGAAACAAUAUGAAACUAUAUCAUACUUGAACGGUGAUAAGCGAGGUUUACUCUGAUUCAUCAAUCGAAUCGGCCUGGCGCAUUUGUAGGUGAACAGACACGACAAAAUUGGCUAACUAUAUAACG